UGAAGACAACCAAUAUCUACUAAAAAUGAUAAGUGGGAGAGGGGGUUAGCAUGGCUCUUUUACCGUGUGAAUAGUCCCUAUUGAUUAACGCCGUUUGCUGCUCUCCGCCUAUGAAGGCUAGGGUUCCGAAGUACAUAUGGCUUCAUGGAGCGAUUUCUCCUUAUUUUUGGAGAUUUGUUGUGUUAGAGACUGUUUUUUUUCUUGGAUCUUGGUCGUAAUCCCUUUCUAAACUCUGGAUUCAGCUUGGAAGGAUGAUUCACGCACAAAGACCAUAAAACGAUUUCUAAUUUUCGCGAAAUGCAUUGUUUACGGCUGAGAAUGUGACAUUCAAGGUCGAUGAUCGGUUUUGCAUAUAUUUGGAGUACAUCCAUCCUGGAUCACUUAAUAAAUAUCUUAGAGAUUAUGAGGGAGCUUUGCCAGAGUCUGUUGUUGGGAAUUUUACUCGUCAUAUUGUUUCUGGAAUAGCUUACUUGCACAACACCAAGACAAUUCACAGGGACAUAAAAGGGGCUGAUUUGCUUGUAGAUGCAUUUGGUGUUGUCAAGCUUGCUGACUUUGGAUUGGCAAAACAUAUGCUUUUUUAUGCUCUCAAAGUGCGUCCGUGGUAUUCACUUCUUCUGUUUUCUUUUCCCAUUAAAUUAAGAGCUUUCGGGGAAAAAUAUUGAUCUUUCAUUGAAAGGAAGUCCUCAUUGGAUGGCCCCUGAGGUGAUGCAGGCAGUGUUAAGGAAAGAUGAUAAUCCAUAUCUUGCACUUGCAGUCGAUAUAUGGAGCUUGUGCAUGUGUAGUGAUAAUAAUCAAGGGAAAGUACACUCUUCCUACCACACCCCUGAUGGUGCAAAACCACUAUAUCUUCAUAUUUCCGCUGCAGCACAUUUAGAAACAACCGUGGAGAGGAUCAAAGUACUUGACAAUGCAUCCUCGCUUAUGAAGGAAAUAUUGAAAGAGGGUUCAUCAAACAAUGGGUUGAAGGUUUUAUUCUCUUAAUGUUAAUGAAAGUGGUAAACACUAGGAAGCCAUCAAAGUAGACGGUGUCGUUAUUUUGCUGUAUUUUGAUCCAGCUCUAGCUCUCAUGUCAUCUGCAGGGAAAAUGAAGUUGGAGCUAAAGAAAAUCAGAGAUUAACUCAGAAUGACAGAAUGUUAUUGUGGCUGUGCUCGUGUUCAGGGUAAAUGUUUCUGAAUUAUGGUUUUUGUUAACUCUCACCGCGUUUAAACUAAAAGUGAAAUGCUUUUAAAACUCUAGAACCAAAUUGGAAGAAUGUCAUAAUGUGUUCACAGUUCUUGAAUUUAUCUCCUUAGGGUGAUACCUUACAUGUUUCUUGAAUAGGCAGGCCAACAUAUGAGUUUCCCCAUCCAUUAGCUCGUGUGCGGUGUGCCCCAAAGUGCUGGAUAUUGGAUAAGAUUCCAGUGUUUUUUAAUAAAACUAUUUUUUUAUCUAAUAAAAUAUCACUACAUAAUCAACUUUUCUUAUAUGGUGGUGGACUUGCUGAUAUGGUGGGGCAUAAGAAGUUAUAUUAAUGACCUCAAACAUAUUUAAUACAUACCAUGGUUCCAUAGAGGUACAGUAUCUCUCUGCCUUGCUAUAUAAAAAUGAAGCACUCUAGAUGUCCGUGAAUUUGUCUCAUUGAGUUCUUUCUUUGGUACAGUUUCUUUUCCUUCACUCCCCCCAACUUGUAUUUUCUUUUAAGUUCUACUGAUAUUGACUUUGCUUCCGCUUCGAUUUUUUUAUUCUGAAAAAUGAAUGGACAUCAAAUGGUUGUGUAAAAUGUUUUUUCCUUUUUUGCCCUCAAACUCACUUUAGUCUUUUAUCCAAAUAAAUUUAAUCACAUGAUAAAAUUGACAGAAUUAUAUAAAUAUCAGCCUACUAGCUUAAAUGGCAUUACAAACAUGGCCUUAAACAUAAUAUCUUGGUAAAAGAUAUCGUAUAGUAACUUCUUUUUAUAAUAAAGUGACAUACUUGAUGAUUUUGUGGUUGCUGCUUUUUGAAGUUUGUGAUUGAUGAAAGCUUGAUCUUGAAAAGUGAAUGCUUUGCACUAUUUGUAUAAUGAAUCCUUUGUGAUGAGCUUUUAAUCUAAUAAAUAUUUUAUAUUAUAGAAGGACAAAAAAGAGACGAGUUAAAAAGAAAACUAAAGAAAAGGGAGGAGAAGCACACAGAUUACAGAUGUUGGAGCAAGGGUCAAAAUACUGGACGAAGAAAGAGGGUAGGGGAAAUAAAUGGAAAAGAAAAAGAGAUAAAAAUUUGACAUGUGGGUCGCCUUCGCAUAUAACUUGUGUAACCGGUUGUUUAGAGUCAAAAGUGUGAGUGUUUUUUUGAAGUUGUAGUGCUUGAUUGGGUGUUCUUUUAGUAGGAGAGGUUAAGUGACUUUUCGAGUAUAGUAGAGGGGCCAACUUGAUAGUAUUCCCCUUUUCAUAUAUGUUCAUUUAUAGCUGAAUAAUGCUCAUCUUUUUCGCCCACUUGGAGCUUGGAUAUAAUCUUAUUGGACCUGAUGGUUCAAAGACAUUAGCUGAAACUCUUAAGUUUCAUGGGAAUGUGAAAGAUCUCAUGCUUGGUUGGUGUCAGAUAGGGGCCAAGGGUACAGAGUACAUUGCAGAUAUGUUGAAAUGCAAUGGUACCAUAUCAAGUCUUGACUUGCGGGUGAAUGGACUAAGAGAUGAGUCGAGUUUGUUGUUACUGUGCACUCUGCUGUAUGCCUAUACCACACCUCCCAUGCAUGAAGAUAUUCUAUGCCUGUUCUUUUAUAUGUGUGCCAGCGAGAGCUUCAAAGGUCUUGUUUUCCACUCUUAGUCAUCGUUAUCAAGUUUGGUUGUUCUUGACGGUUUAACUUCCAAUAUUCAAAACAACAAAGGUGUGAGUCUUUCUUAAUUAGUUGGGUGCUACAAUUCAAAGGGUGCAUUGAAAAUUCAUUACGGGACACAUGAUGAACCCUUUUUUCUUGGAGUGAAGAUCAUCUUACAUCAGGUUGAAGAGGAUUUAGAAAUACAUCUUGCUACAGCUUAAUGUUUUUCAAGCAUGGUCAUGGUAGAGUGAUUAUGCUUGUCAUUUCAAGCAAAGCGUAGAGAUCAACACAAAGAACCAUUUUGCUUUAGUGUCGUUUAACAUGCGUAAUUGUCGAUGCAAUUUUGGUUGUUGCUAUUCUCUUUGCUUUAACUUUGUUAUGUUACUUCCGUUAAGAGCCAUUUUGAUGCUCUUUACAUUGAACAUUUUGCUUCCGUUGGGCACUGCAUAAGCACAACUUAAAAUGUACUUCGUAUAAAAUUC